AUGGCCGCCUCCGCUGCCACUCCAACUGCAAAGAUUUCUGAACAGGAAGUCAAGAAUGCGCAGGCAGCGUGGGCCAGCGCCAUCAAGAGUAUCUCCAAGACCUACCUUGAUGGAGGAGACUACGUUGCAGCUGCUGCCCAAGCAGCUGGUGAGCUGUAUGGCUACGGCCACACGGACGUGCUCUUCAAACCCACCAAGGCAGCUGACGCACCGUUUCGACCGACAGCCGCAGAUGCCAUGUCCUACUUUGUCGGGCACACAGCGGUCGAGAAUGGCUAUGCUGAGGAUGCUGGCUUUGCCAUCAACGGUGGCAAGGGAUGGUCAGAUGUGAUCUUUCGCAACCACCAAGUGUAUGUUUGUGACAAUGUUGCCUUUGCCAUGGGCAAUUACUUCUUCACGAGCGCUGCAGAUGGAAGCAAGACGAAAGUAGAGUACACGUUCGGCUACAAGAAGAAUGCGGACGGCAAAGUGCGCAUCUUCCUCCACCACUCGUCAGUGCCGUUUGCUUCUCCAACUGCAGAGAUUUCUGAAGAGGAUGUGAAGAGUGUGCAGGCAGCGUGGGCCUGCGCGAUCAAGACUAUCUCCAAGACCUACCUGGAUGGAGGAGACUACGUUGCAGCUGCCGCCAAAGCAGCUGGUGAGCUUUAUGGCUAUGGCCACACGGACGUGCUCUUCAAACCCACCAAGGCAGCCGAGGCACCAUUUCGGCCAAGUGGCGCCGAUGCCAUGUCCUACUUUGUUGGGCACAAGGCGGUCGAGAAUGGCCAUGCUGAGGAUGCUGGCUUUGCCAUCAAUGGUGGCAAGGGGUGGUCGGACGUGGUCUUUGAGAAUCACCAAAUCGAUCUGACUGCUAAAGUUGCCAUUGCUAUGGGCACCUACUUCUUCACCAGCGCUGCAGAUGGGAGCAAGACCAAAGUGGAGUACACCUUCGGCUACAAGAAGAAUGCCGAUGGCAAGGUGCGCAUCUUCCUGCACCACUCCUCAGUGCCAUACAGUCUGCCUCCCGCGACUCCAGCUGCAAAGGUUUCUGAAGAGGAAGUGAAGAGUGUGCAGGCAGCAUGGGCCACUGCCAUCAAGAGUAUCUCCAAGACUUACCUUGACGGAGGAGACUACGUUGCAGCUGCUGCCCAAGCAGCUGGUGAGCUGUAUGGCUAUGGCCACACGGACGUGCUCUUCAAGCCAACCAAGGCAGCCGACGCACCGUUUCGACCGACAGCCGCAGAUGCCAUGUCGUACUUUGUUGGGCACAAGGCGGUUGAGAAUGGCUAUGCCGAGGAUGCUGGCUUUGCCAUCAACGGUGGCAAGGGAUGGUCUGACGUGGUGUUCCAGAACCACAAGAUCGACGCGAGCGACAGUGUUGCUGUCGCUAUGGGCACCUACGUCUUCACCAGUGCUGCAGAUGGGAGUGAGACGAAAGUUGAGUACACCUUCGGGUACAAGAGGAAUGCAGAUGGCAAGGUCCGCAUCUGUCUCCACCACUCGUCAGUGCCUUUCAGUCUUCCUCCAAGUUCCCAUCUUUCAGAACAGGAAGUGAAGAAUGCGCAGACGGCAUGGGCCAGUGCUAUCAAGAGUAUCUCCAAGACUUAUCUGAAUGGAGGCGACUACGUUGCAGCUGCCGGCAAAGCAGCUGGCGAGCUCUACGGGUACGGCCACACGGACGUGCUCUUCAAGCCAACCAAGGCAGCCGAAGCACCAUUUCGACCAAAUGCUGCAGAUGCCAUGUCCUACUUCGUUGGGCAUGAAGCGGUCGAGAAUGGCCAUGCUGAGGAUGCUGGCUUCGCCAUCAAUGGUGGCAAGGGAUGGUCGGACGUGGUCUUCCAGAACCACCAAAUCGGUGUCACGGGCAAUACCGCACUUGCCAUGGGCACCUACUUCUUCACCAGCGCUGCAGACGGGAGCAAGACCAAGGUGGAGUACACGUUCGGCUACAGGAAGAAUGCAGAUGGCAAGGUGCGCAUCUUCCUCCACCACUCUUCUGUGCCAUACAGCAUCACUCCAGCCUCUCCAACUGCAGAGAUUACGGAAGCAGAGGUGAAAUGUGUGCAGGGAGCAUGGGCCAGGGCCAUCAAGGGUAUCUCCAAGACCUACCUUGACGGAGGCGACUACGUUGCAGCUGCUGCCAAGGCAGCUGGUGAGCUCUAUGGUUAUGGCCACACAAAUGUGCUCUUCAAACCCACCAAGGCAGCCGAAGCACAGUUUCGACCAACUGGCGAAGAUGCGAUGUCCUACUUUGUCGGGCACAAAGCGGUCGAGAAUGGCUAUGCUGAGGAUGCUGGCUUUGCCAUCAACGGUGGAAAGGGAUGGUCAGACGUGGUCUUCCAAAACCACAAGAUCGAUGUCAACGGCACUGUCGCCAUUGCCAUGGGCACCUACUUCUUCACCAGCGCUGCAGAUGGGAGCAAGACCAAAGUUGAGUACACCUUCGGGUACAAGAGGAACGCCGACGGAAAGGUGCGCAUCUUCCUGCACCACUCGUCGGUGCCUUACAGUCUGCCUCCUGCCACUCCAACUGAAAAGCUUUCUGAAGAGGAAGUGACAAGUGCACAGGCAGCAUGGGCCAGCGCCAUCAAGAGUAUCUCCAAAACCUACGUUGAUGGAGGCGACUACGUUGCAGCUGCCGGCAAAGCAGCUGGUGAGCUCUACGGCUAUGGCCACACAAACGUGCUCUUCAAGCCCACCAAGGCAGCUAAGGCACCGUUUCGACCAACCGGCGCAGACGCCAUGUCCUACUUUGUUGGGCACAAGGCGGUCGAGAAUGGCUAUCUUGAGGAUGCUGGCUUUGCCAUCAAUGGUGGAAAAGGAUGGUCUGACGUGGUCUUUGAAAACCACAAGAUUGACAUCACGGACAAUGUCGCCAUUGCCAUGGGCACCUACUUCUUCACCAGCACUGCAGACGGGAGCAAGACCAAAGUGGAGUACACCUUCGGGUACAAGAGGAAUGCGGAUGGCAAGGUGCGCAUCUUCCUCCACCACUCUUCAGUUCCUUACAGCGCUCCCCCACCCUCUGUAGGCGCCGAGGUCUCAGAAGAUGAAGUGACAACUGCCCAGGCAGCAUGGGCCAACGCUAUCACGAGUAUCUCCAAGACCUACCUUGACGGAGGCGACUACGUUGCAGCUGCCGGCAAAGCAGCUGGCGAGCUCUACGGGUAUGGCCACACGGACGUGCUCUUCAAACCCACCAAGGCAGCAGAGGCACCAUUUCGACCGACAGCUGCAGAUGCCAUGUCCUAUUUCGUUGGGCACACAGCGGUCGAGAAUGGCUAUGCUGAGGAUGCUGGCUUCGCCAUCAAUGGUGGCAAGGGAUGGUCGGACGUGGUCUUCCAGAACCACCAAAUCGAUGUCAGCGGCAAUACCGCACUUGCCAUGGGCACUUACUUCUUCACCAGCGCUGCAGAUGGGAGCAAGACAAGAGUGGAGUACACGUUCGGCUACAAGAAGAAUGCGGACGGCAAGGUGCGCAUCUUCCUGCACCACUCCUCAGUGCCUUACAGCCUGCCUCCUGCCACUCCCACUGCGAAGAUUUCUGAAGAGGAAGUGCAGGGUGUGCAAUCAGCAUGGGCCAACGCCAUCAAGAGUAUCUCAAAGACUUACCUCGACGGAGGCGACUACGUUGCAGCUGCUGCCAAAGCAGCUGGCGAGCUCUAUGGCUAUGGCCACACAAAUGUGCUCUUCAAGCCAACCAAGGCAGCCGACGCACCAUUUCGGCCAACCGGCGCAGAUGCCAUGUCCUACUUUGUUGGGCACAAGGCGGUCGAGAACGGCUAUCUUGAGGAUGCUGGCUUUGCCAUCAACGGUGGAAAAGGAUGGUCUGACGUGGUCUUUGAGAACCACAAGAUUGACAUCACCGACAGCGUCGCCGUUGCCAUGGGCACCUACUUCUUCACCAGCGCUGCAGAUGAGAGCAAGACCAAAGUGGAGUACACCUUCGGGUACAAGAGGAAUGCGGACGGCAAGGUGCGCAUCUGCCUCCACCACUCGUCAGUGCCAUUCACUGACAAGUCAAAGGUGCAGCCUGCAACCGCGAUGGGCCAAGUGCAUGAUCUGCAAGACUCCCGGGCACAGUGCUCCGGCUUUGCCUGGCAUCGCAUCGGCUUACUGGCCGCAGCAGGAGCGCGCUCACGACGGUUUAAGAGUGUCACUCAUCUUCAGAAGCACCGGCAGGUGGUUUGGUGGCCGGACCAUGUCGUCUGCUGA